AUGUUGGGUCUUGAGAAGCCAGGAUCUUCCGACAUUUCGUCUUCGUCUACGGACACCUCAGCCAUCUCACCGAUCAGUGUGAGCAGCAUGCCACUAUCACCGGACAAGGAAAAGAAAAAGGUACCAGGAGGGUUAACUGUUUGGACUGUCCGAAGGGCAAAUAGAGUUUUCGAGGGGCGAACGUUUGCUUGUUUAGUUGACCGUAUUUGUACAGGAGGAAUUCGUUGGGCUCCCUUCCCACACUAUUUCAAAACGACCUGACACCGAGAAACACCCGAGAUUUCAGAUUUCGUUCGUCCCGUACAACCCAGACAUUCCUCAAAUUGUCACCUCGUUCAAGGGAUACCAAAAGCUUAUGUACCAAGGUUACCGAUACAACAUCUAUCAGGUAUAUCAGUGAUCACGAGGAAGAGUUAACGCGCAUCACAAGUUGUUUUUAGGUUGUUCCAGAUCGGAACUUCAAGUCUUGGCGGUGUGUUUGCGCCAAGAAGAUGUCUGAUGCGGGCCAAUGGUGUAAGUGCCGCGCUGAGACAACGAUGGAUGACAAAAACGCGUGCACAAAGGGCUUGCACAAUCACCCGCCAAAGCACCAUGUCGCUGAGAUCGAAUUUAUCAAGGUACGAAGGGAUGACACAGCGCACGCACAGCUGACUGCGGAAAGAGCAGUGCCCUUUACAAUUGGCGCGGUGCCAGAUCAGAGCGGCGAUAUCAUAAGGUUGAAAUGCCAGCUGACUCUUUUUGUUCCAAUUAGUUUCUUGGCUAGAAGUUCAAAUUUCACAACGUCAUGUGGAACCCAUUGUGCCGUGUGUGCUAACACGCGUACGUGGGGAUCGGCAUUGAAAUAUCACUAAAGUCAGUGUUUCGCAACCUUUGAAUGUCACUUCAUGGCACCAGUCGCGCCGUGUCGGAGAAGAUCAUUAGUCCUUUCCGAGAGCGAAUAAAACAGUUUGUGUGUGUGUGUACAAGUUGAAAGUGCAAUAGGAUGCGCUACGGCGGCGGCGGCGGCGCUGGGUGGCGGCGCCCGGUGCCUAGGUCAGUUGGAAAUUUGGUCAGGUCAAACCAAACAAUUUGCGGGUGGCACGGUUCGAAACAUCGGCCUCCUGUUGCGUGUCGCAAUCCCUUCCGUCCAUCCGCAAGUAAUUCGCAAACAGAUCCGCGCGUUGCCAAGGUCAAUCUUCGGAUGGCAGGCACGCGGCAGUGCGCGCGGGGCCAGGCCGCGCCUUACCACCCGACUCGUUAACCUAGAUGCGCCAAUUUUCUCGAUCUAUUGCGUCGCUGCCAUUCAAAUUGGCGGUACGAACUUUUUGUGAAUUCGGUAGAAUUAGGUCAGCGGAGGGUCAAUUCUGACGCAAUUUAUUACCACACCCAAUGAAAAGGGCAUUCAAAAUGAAGAGAAAUUAUGGCUUUCCGCAAAAUGAUUUGAAAUGGGGAUUCUGGUUACAAGUUCUGCAUUUUUCAGUCUCAACUCUUCGUCGCCGCCCUCGAAAACCCCGACCACGACGCUGGGGAUCUGGUCAAUCAGGCUAGCAUGUACUUGAGUGAAGGAGUCGUUUUCGACAACAAAGAGAGCAUCAGGAAGAGCCUUGUGCUUGCCCGAAACAGAGAGGGCAAGCCAAGAAAGCCGAGAAACAAGACCUCGAAUCCUCUGAAGAGAAUGAAGUUUGAAGUAGAUGUAAGGCAAAUUGAAUUCCUGAACCAAAACUUUAAUUUUUCUUUUUUAGGAUGAAGAUGAAAAUGAAUACAAGAUUCCAAAAAUCAAGAUGGAGAACGACAUGUCUUGCUUUUUACCCCUCUUCAACAACGGACUCUCUAUGGUCAAAGUGGAGUCUCCGUUCAAUCAAACUCCAACGAUCCGGAUCCCUCAGUCCAACCCUCCCCCAGUGUCCCAAUCCCAAGAGCAGAGCAACCUUCUCCAGCCAGCAGUCAUGAAUGGAAUGAACAAUCCGUGGAUGGGACUCGAAGACCCUGUCGCCAUGUUUUGGGCCAACGCAAUGCUCAACCCUGUCGGUGGACUUGAUGUACUUUCAACCAUUGCUGCAUUUUCGAAGCACCAGCCGGGACAGGGUCCGACUCCUCCAGCAGGCGCCACCGCUCCCUCAACUGCUUCGCUCCCUUCCAACCUAUCCGUUAGCAGCCAAGUCAGCUUGCACAUGCCCAAGGAAGCAUCUAUAGCCAUUCCACCCCCACCACAGAUCCUGAACCUCAAGGAUCUGAAGCCUCUGCCUCCACUUCCAAGCAUCCAAACAAGUCCGGUGAUCCAAGCAGCCAGCCUCCUCAGACCGAUUCCAAUGAUGAGGGACUCGAGCACCCAGACAACAGAGGUAACUUUUGAACCACACGUGCUCAUAUCAUCAUGAUCAUGUUUUCAGGAAAUCAAAGUAUCGCAAUGUUUAACCUCUGGCUGCGGCUGCCGUGUGAUCCGGAUCUGCUGCUGUGACGAAGGAGUUUGCCGGCGAACGGCAGCAUGUUAA